GUUGGCUGCCUCCUCCCCCAGACCUCGCUUCCUGCAUUAAUAUUCAGCCUCUCAGCCAAUGAGCGAAGCAGGGUGGAUGACAUCAUGGGCUAGGGAACAGUGAGCAGCCAGUGAAGCAUCCAGCCUGCCGAACAAGCUUGCUUUUAGGGUCAGGAACUGGUCUGACAAGAGAAUGGCAAUCCUGCCUUUAAACUGUCACUAGGACUGUGCGGCUGACGAUGAAUCCACCAGAGCUGCGGGCUCAACGGCGAAACACUGAGCAAGAGAAUGUGAAGACAUAUUUCAGGACAUUGUGAGUGCUACUAAAGAUGUCUGAUAGUGUUGAUAUUGAAGAGAAACCACCAGCCCCCCCCUUGAGAAUGAACAGUAGUUCCCGAGACUCUUCAUCGCUGAAUCACGCCUCUAAACCGCUUCCAAUGGCUCCUGAAGAGAAAAACAAGAAAGUCCGCCUGCGCUCCAUCUUCCCCGGGGGAGACAAGACAAACAAGAAGAAGGAGAAGGAACGUCCUGAGAUAUCCCUACCCUCAGACUUUGAACACACCAUUCAUGUUGGCUUUGAUGCUGUAACAGGAGAAUUCACAGGUAUCCCGGAGCAAUGGGCGCGGCUCCUACAGACCUCGAACAUCACGAAGCUGGAGCAAAAGAAGAACCCGCAGGCCGUGCUGGACGUCUUAAAGUUCUACGACUCCAAAGAGACCGUCAACAACCAGAAAUAUAUGAGCUUCACCUCGGGAGACAAGUCGGCACACGGGUACAUAGCAGCAAACACUCUGAACCGACUGCUGUCAUCUGGGCCUCCUGUCAGCCUUAGAACCUGCAGCGCAUUAUUUGACAAGCCUGCUACAAUGCACAAUGCAUCCAGACUCACUUACAUCUCUACCCUCCAGGGUGCCAAAACAUCAUCGACAGAGCCCCCGAUCGCCCCGCCUGUGUCAGAAGAGGAUGAUGAGGAAGAAGAAGAAGAGGAGGAGGAGGAGGAAGAAGAGGAGGACGACGACGAGCAGCCCCCGGUCAUCGCGCCUCGGCCCGAGCACACCAAAUCUAUCUACACGCGCUCCGUCAUGGAACCAAAGCUUCCCACUCCCGUGAAAGAAGUGGUGACUCCACCGGAGUCGCAGGUCCAGCCGGACAACACGUCCAACACAAUGUACCGCCACACUGACCGCCAGAGGAAGAAGUCCAAAAUGACAGAUGAGGAGAUUCUGGAGAGACUCAGGAGUAUUGUGAGCGUGGGGGAUCCCAAAAAGAAGUACACACGCUUCGAGAAAAUAGGACAAGGAGCGUCCGGCACUGUGUACACUGCCAUCGACAUAGCAACUGGCCAAGAGGUGGCCAUCAAGCAGAUGAACCUGCAGCAGCAGCCCAAGAAAGAGCUGAUCAUCAAUGAGAUCCUGGUGAUGAGGGAAAACAAAAACUCCAAUAUAGUCAACUACCUGGACAGUUACUUGGUAGGAGACGAGCUAUGGGUGGUGAUGGAGUAUUUGGCCGGCGGCUCGCUGACAGAUGUAGUGACUGAGACCUGCAUGGACGAGGGCCAGAUCGCUGCAGUCUGCAGAGAGUGUCUUCAAGCCCUAGACUUCCUACACUCCAACCAGGUGAUCCAUAGAGAUAUAAAAAGUGACAACAUCCUCCUUGGUAUGGAUGGAUCCGUCAAGCUCACUGACUUUGGCUUCUGUGCCCAAAUCACUCCGGAGCAGAACAAGCGCAGCACGAUGGUGGGAACGCCCUACUGGAUGGCGCCGGAGGUGGUGACCCGGAAGGCUUACGGCCCAAAAGUAGAUAUCUGGUCUCUGGGGAUCAUGGCGAUAGAGAUGGUGGAGGGAGAACCGCCCUACCUGAAUGAGAAUCCACUCAGGGCGUUGUACCUGAUAGCUACCAACGGGACUCCAGAGCUGCAGAAUCCAGAGAGGCUGUCAUCUGUGUUCAGAGACUUCCUCAACCGCUGUCUGGAGAUGGAUGUGGACCGCAGAGGCUCCGCCAAAGAGCUGCUCCAGCAUUCCUUCCUCAAGCUGGCGAAGCCUCUAUCCAGCCUGACGCCUCUGAUUGUAGCUGCGAAGGAAGCCAUAAAGAACAGCAGUCGCUAGGGUGCGCCCUCAGUCCCCCACCCGAGGCUGGAGCUCUGCCUGUGAUGUGUGCGCUCAUGGGGGGCAGGGGCUUGGGUGUAUGGGGUGGUGGGUGACGUGAUAGCACAAGGAGGAGGGGGGGGGUUUGUGUGACUUAACCGUGACAGCACAAAGACAAAAGACCCCUCAAGGCCUCACACGUAGGACGGACAUCUGGCCUUGCAGCCUCUCGGCCCAUGCUGCUGAAAAGACCUUGCCUCCUUGUUUACUUCUCCAGCACUCUGUACAUGUAGAGCAGUCCAUCACAAGUAUGCGUGUGAAUGUGUGGGCGUGUGUGUGUGAGUGUACCAACUGUGCACAUCUCUUCGUGUCAUAUGUCCUGUUUGGCAGCAGUCGCUCACCCAAACCGAGAAAAUACGGGAAAAAAAAUCAAAAAGAACGUGCUCAUUUUCAAGAAGAAACUUCAUGAGCAAAGAGGAGAAAACUAAAGAGCCUGUGAUUCCUUCCCUGCCCAGCUUUAGGCUCUUUCCUCUUCUCCCUCCAUGGAGCACAAUCAGGCCACACUUGCACCUGCAGUGACCAGCUGAUGUGAGAGAGUGACUCUGGACCCAGCCUUUGCCUGCAUGACUAUAGCUCUGUGGAGAAACCUUGCUACUCCUCUGCAGAUUGUCACAUCUCAAGGUGGCAUAUUUAUGUGUAUGUAUGUAUGUGUGUGUGUGUGUGUGUGUGUGUGUGUGUGUGUGUGUGUGUGUGUGUGUGUGUGUGUGUGUGC